CCUGUUUGUAGUCAAAUUAAAUUGUUAAGUUUACUUUUUGCUAGUUUAUUCCGUUUUUUACCUUCGACGCCUCAAACUAGCCGUAGAAGAAAUCUAAGAUACCAGUUGUGUUUUGAGCGACGUGUGCAAUAUUUAAACAAACUUUAUAUCAAACAGUUCAGCUGAUAAUUCAACCUAAAUUUAAAUCAACUAUGUAUGUCAUCAUCUUAAAACUCAAAGAAUUUCAAUCCGUGUAAUUAAAUUGUUAAAAAUAAACAAAAAAAAACACUGAAAUGGAAAAUUAUUUUAUUUCGGAAAAAGACAAGAAUGCUGUGAGAUCCCAAUUUGGAAUUUGUGAUGAAACGGCCCAAAAAAAAGUGAAAUCGUUAAAAUUGUGGAUAGAACAGUGUCCUCAUUUGCCACUUGAAAGUAAAGAUGAAAACUUUCUGGAAAUUAUGUUGCUGAGAGGAAAAUUUAAGGAAGAGCGUGUGAAGAAAAACAUCGAGAAUUAUUUCACUUAUUUAAGUCGAUAUCCGGAAAUGUUUUCCGGGUUUGCAAAUUUGAGACCGGUAGAUGAAGUUGGCGUUGCUGUUCUUUUACCCAUACCUACAACUUCAUGGGAACGUAUUGCAAUCUUGAAACUGCAUCCAGAUAAAGUAGGGAAGGUUUUAGAUGUUCAUAAAUGUCUAAAAAUCGGUUUAGCUACAGCAAUGAUUGCUUUCAAUUACGACUACUCGGCGAGUGUUCGCCUCAUUUUAGAUUUUGAAAGUUUUACUAUGAGUCAUAUUUUGCAAGUCAACAUAAAUGACUUAUUUAAGGCAAUAUCGAUUCACGAAAAUGUCCUAAAAAUGCGAAUUUCAGGAAUCGAAAUAUUGAAUGCCCCACACGUGAUUAGUGUGAUUCUGAAUCUUGCUAAAAUCUGUCUUAAACCGAAGUUAUUUUCAAGGUUAUCUGUGCAUAACAAUUUGGAAUCAUUGGGUAAAAAUAUCUCGAAGAAGUAUUUACCGACUGAUUAUGGGGGCGAACAACCGAAUAUCGAAACACUGAUUGAAAUGUGUGAAGAAACAUUUUUGACCAAAAAAGAUUUUUUCCAAAAAAUCGAACGCUUGGCUGAACAAAAUAAAACAAACGGGGAUAUUUUCGGAGUUCAAGGAUCAUUCAAAACUCUCAAUUUGGAUUAACUUAUUUUUAUUUAUUGGAUAUUUUUAACUAAAUAAAAUUUAAUCAAUU